GAUAAAUACCUUGGUUCCUUGAUAUUCAUUGGUGCAAGCUCAGGGGUAGCAUUGCUAAUUUUUCUGUAUUUCUCCUACAAAUUCAUACGUUUAUACGGAAUUACUUAUAAAUGAAUGAUCAUGUUUUUCUGGACUCUUAACCUGUCCAUUAUUUUUCGUAUCGUGCAGGUGUUCCACCAGUUCAAUAUCUCUAAGAAGUAAGUAUUUACUGGGUUUUUGCUCGCAGAAGUGUAAUAGUAAAGUCAAAUUUGAGAGAGAAGUGGAUUGAUAGCAUUCUUGUGCUUUAAUUAAUAUUCAUAUAGAGAAUGAAGCUACUUACCACCACAUGUAUGAAGGGGAGGAGUUAUCACUUAUCUGCCUCUUCUGCUGAUGAUUUCUUCCUUCAUGUUCAGUUACUAUAACUGGGUGUACCAAAUUCGGUCAAUAAAUGAUUAUUUCAGCCUUAUCAACCCCAUCAAAAAGAGACUGACUGAUGCAUCUUAAGUAAUAGUUCAGAGUAUUAUUGUUGGAAUUUUAGUCUGGGUAAUAGUCACUUCUUGUGCACUAAAAGAUGAUAUCAAAGAUGUAUUCUGAAUUUUUGUCUAUGUUGUUUCAGUAAUCUAUGCCAUUGUUGCAACAGUUUAUAUUAUCAUUGGGAAAUAUUACUACAGCAAGCUCAAAUAUUUCUCACCACUUCAAGCAAAGUCAAUGAAGAAGAGGAUCCUUCUAAGCGUCUUGUUUAUUGCAUUACCCUUGUAUCUAAGAGCGAUCGAAAAUAUUGUGCGGAAGUUAGUGCUCGACCGGAACAAUUUCAGUUUCAUCAAUGAUUCGAUUAAAAACAAUGAUUUUGGCUACCCUGCUUUCAGCAUAGCAUGUUAUUUUAUCUGCGAACUUUUGCCAAUUUGUACUAUGAUGAUAGGGACCAAGGUAGUUAUUAACCACUAUUAUCAAUCUAAAAGUGAUCAUUAUGGUGCUACUUCGGACAACAAGCUCAGCUUUAAUUUACUUAGUGAUAAUCGAGAAAUCUUCAGUAUAAAAGAGAGCUCAAGAAUUGAAAACACAGCUUUAUCCAACUCUAAGGGCCCAGAGAGCACUGUGGGAUUCAUGAAGUAUGUUGAUGAACUAUCUGGGAAUGAACUAACCCCAUCUUUCAGGGAUAGUUUUGAUAAUUCUUCUUAAUUUACAUAACUAUUUUUACUG